UCAGCCGUUGCGCAACAUCCUUCAUUUGGCCGCGCUCUCGUCGGGUGUGCAGGAACGUCGCGCGCUCACCACGGAUUUAAUCAGCACACACAGCAGCUGAUGUGUGGACAGAGAGAGGGAGAGGGUGAACAACACACACGGGGGUGUGGUUAAGAUCAAUGCCUCACCUCAGCUUACAAUAAAAUACAAAAUACUGCAAAGCACACUGAGGGCGAAGAGGCGGCGUCGAUCAGAGACGGGGUCGCCUUUGUGGAAUAUAUUUGGCUUCAUCUGCUCCACUGAGAGAAUGAUAUUUAGUGGACGAGGAUUCUCCAGUCGAGGCUUUCAGACGCAUACAGUUGGUCGAGGAUGAGGAGGAGGAAGAGAAGUUCUCGCUGAACUGCCCUUCUAUUACAGCAUGGGAUGUGUAGUACGUACGUGAAUGGUUAAGUGGUCUACAUAAGGAUAACCUCAAGACAGUCUCAUAGACUCCCUGCAGCGCCGUGUAUUUAAAUCUACAGUCGUUGACUUGCAUAAGAGCGCUUUGUGCAAGGAACUGCUCGAAGACAUUUUGCAAUUUAAUGCGUUUGGACCCAGAACUGAGCAAACAGGGUCUUCCCUGAAAAAAGAAAGCUUUUCUUGCUUAUGCGGAUGAAUGUGCCCAAAUAGAAAGUACAGCAAAUUUGUCCUUGCUAUGCUGUCUUUGAAAGAUCAUUACCACAAUAAUUAGGAUCUGCCAGUCAUCCCUGUGGGAUUAAUUUAGCUCUACAGUUGCAAAGAAGAAACAACUUCUGGCAAAUCAUUAUUGCUCUAAAAGCACUAAAUGACAUAAGGUGAAUUGAAUAAAAUACAGAAGGAUGAACAACACUCUGCAAGACAGAAGCAUGUUCACUGUUCAAGCAGAUGUUAUAUUUCACGCCGCAAACCCAGAAUCUCCAGAACCCCAGAUCCCUACUGAAGGGAACAACAACAAUGUCUCAGCUAUUGGGAAAACUGGCGUCCCCAGCAUGGAAAUACUGCAGGGUCUCCAGGGAACAUGGGAUACGUCAGAAGCGGGAGAUCUGACUGACAAUAGAAGUUUGGGACACUAUGGUACUGUAAUAGGUGCAGAAUAUGCACAAGAUGCUGUCUCUAGUGACAGUGGAUUUCAAGAGCACAUUCAGACUCUGGACAUCAGUUUAAGAAAUACGGGUGAAGCUUCAAGUCAAAAGAACAUUAGAGAAGACACAAACGGAACAAAGGUUGCUUGCAGUUUAGCACCCUCUCUAUGCUUCAGGCCAGAAAACAAGGAGGAAACUGACAAACUGUCCAAUGUCCUGAGAGACAGUGAGAUUGUUCGGAGUCAGUUUGACAUUAAAAAUGUCUCUUCCACAUCAGAGAACAGAAAUCAUUCCUACUCAGGUACCCAGGAAACGAGGUCACUUGAGAGAACCUUAGGAAGCUUUAUAAAUUCCUCUGAAGGAGCCAGUCAGACCAGCUACAGAACGUCAUUUGGACAGACCGGGAUGGAAGGGCUGAAGCAAAGUGGAUCUGCAGUAAGAGAAGCUCUCUCUGCAAAAGAGGAGCCAAAUUUAGUCAUAGAGGUGGGCGGACAGAAAAUACAAGCACACAAAUCAGUAUUAGCUGAAAAGAGCGAUUACUUUAAGGCCAGGCUUUCUCGAGACAUCCUCAAAGUAAAAGGAAUGAGCUACAAGACCUUAUCAGUGCUUGUAGAUUAUGUUUACUCUUCGCAGAUGAAUGUGAGCAAAGACAAUAUCGUGGAUGUCAUCACAGGGGCGAAGAUCCUGCAGAUGCCCUGUGCGGUGCAGGCUGCUAUUGAUACCAUUUCCACACAGAUCACACCUGAGAACUGCUACGAAAUCCUAACGAUCGCUAAAAAGCAACGAUUAAAUGAACUGAAAGAAACCGCCUAUCGAUUCAUGAGUGACAACUUUCUGCAGGUUCUGAAAGAUCCAGCUGUCUAUGGACGCCUCACGGGUUCAGAGAGAGACCUCAUCCUGCGCAAACGGAUGGAAAGCCGCAAGUGUCUGAUGGUGGCAGAAAUUAAUGACGUGUUUGAGCGUGUAGGAAGCCGACCGCCCAGCAGAAACAGCAGCCGUCCCCAGAGUCCCCUCUCCAUCACCUCUUUUGAGGACAAUCACAUGAUCUACUACUACAACAAGAGCAGUAAGGACUGGCACACUUUGACUGUCAUGCCUGAUGACAUCAACACCAAGGGCUGUGGGAUCUGCACUAUGUACAACUACUUGUUUGUGGCCGGUGGGAUCAGGGGGACUGGGGAGAAAAGCAAAGUCUCAGACAGGGUUUACUGCUAUAAUCCUGUCACAGACCGCUGGAGUGAAGUUAGACCCAUGAACCAAGCCCGAUCACAACUCAAACUCGUCUCCAUGGAUGGGACCCUGUACGCCAUUGGCGGUGAAUGUCUUUUCACAGUGGAGAAGUACGACCCUCGAAUGGACCGCUGGACGGCGGUGGCUCCUCUACCUAAAGGAGCAUUCGCUGUGGCUCACGAAGCCACUACAUGUAACGGCGAGCUGUAUGUCUCUGGAGGAUCUCUGUUCUAUCGGUUGCUAAAAUAUGACCCUAAGAGGGACGAAUGGCAGGAGUGUCCGUAUAACAACAGCAGGAAAAAAUCCACAGACAUGGUGGCUCUCAAGAGCUUCAUUUACAGAUUUGAUGUUAAUCGAGAGCAGGGGAUCAGCGUCUUUAAAUACAACACCAUUGUGAAGAUGUGGCAUGACUGUGCCUCCCAGCAGCAGGGCUGCACUCUGCCAUUUCGAUGUGCCGUUAUUGAUAACUGCAUCUUCUGUGUAAAUAAGACUCAGACUCUUGAGUUUGUUGUAGAAGACGAUGGAGGUCGAUUCAAAGAUGAGAUUCUGAAAGCACCUGUGGAGGCCAAAGGGAUCUUAUUCCCAUUCAUUCUCAGCUUGCCGGACAGAGGUGGGAGAAUUGCAUGAGUGGGAUAUUUCAUCCCCACGUAUGACCCUUUGGUGUCACUCCAGACGCGGAGAAAGAGAAUGCCUGGUCAAUAUUUAUAGAUUAAACAUUAUCUCCAGAGAAGUUCAAGGAGCCAGCACAUAGUGCUUGAAACUGGAAUGUGUUUCUUUGCAUGGUAAGAAAAACAAAUAUUCGGCGCCUUAAAAUUACAGCUUCACUAUCCAUCUUUGGGAGAUGAAAAAAGUUGUACAUUUAUGGAUCAUCUGUCACUUCUUUCAUUUGUUUUGUGCACUUUGUAUCAAAUAGUAAUUUAGGUUGAAUUUUGCCACUGGAAUUUGCAAAAAAAACAAGCUUCUAUUCAGGGUAGACACUGAACUGAUAGACGUUGACCAAUGGUCUUAGUCACAACUCCACAAAUUAUGACUAAACAGGUUCAGUUGCUGAACACAGGGGCGGACUUGACCAGUUAGUGAGGUAAGGGGAGCUAAGGAAUUAGGGAUGCCCACCCAAUGCCAAAAAGCCUAUAUUAAUUAUAUAGCUUGUUUUUUACAUAGGUUGUAAAUAUGGUGUGUAAGGUUUUUAUCAUUAUAACUUAUUUUCAAAACACGUGGCACACAUGAAUAGUAGACCGUUCUUUUCUUUCGGCACAUGCGCGAGGUGUGGGCGCUUCAGACACUGGCAGUCUGUCAGCGAUCAGAGUAGAGCAGAGGUAGAGAGUGAGAGUUUUGAUAAAAUUUGGUGGGAAAAAUGUAAAAAUAAAGACAAACUAUGAAACGACGCUACCCCAGCGAUCCUGCUUUCUGGCCACAACCCCUGUCAGAUCAGAUGAUGAGUGCUGUGAGCUUGUUAAGAGAUGGAGGGCCUGUUUCCAGUGAAAUGGCCACCGAUUCACAAACAGCAAUUAUUCAAUUCAUAUGAAAAAUUAUGACAAUAUCAGUUUGAUUGAUUGUGAAUUAAAUUUGUUUAAAUGUUUUUUUUUUUAAUUAAAAUUAAAUCCCAUAAAUGGCUAAUUUACUGUACAUAGUUUGUGAACUUAUUGCAUUUAGAUUUACAUUAGGAUGAAGGUUCAUUUAAAUAUUAAAAUAUAUAAAACAUACUUUAAAUAUUGUAUAUACUUUUUACAUAUGUUUAUUUAAAUACCUUUUAACAUACAGUUUAUUUACAAAAGAAAAUCUACAGAGAAAGAAAAUAUCUAUAGAGAAAGGCAAUGUUUUGAGUUUAAAUGCUAGGGCCCCAUACAUGGAAUUGCUUAGGGCCCCCAAAUCACUAAGUCCGCCCCUGCCUGAACAUGAAUACUAACCAACUCAAACAGACACAACACAUAUCUGAGUUUCUCAGCAGCGUUAGUUACAAUUUCCUCAGAUAAGAAAAGAAUAACUUUAUAAUAUUUUUCAUGACUUUUACUACAAAAUGGUAAAGUUGAAGAGAAAAAGAGAGAACAAUGUCCAAUUUAUUGUCCUGCCCAUAGACGCUGCAUUAGAAACAUCUGGCAUAAGUGUUAACAAUUUUUUUUUUUUUUUUUUUUUUUGUAAUUUGAUGCAAAAAUGAUAUAAUACAAAGUAAUCUAUAGCUUUAUAAAAGUAUGUUUUAGUAAACAUCAAAAUAUGAAAACUUUUAAGAUGCUAAUGACAGUUGAUGUCAUCACCAUCUUGUGAAAAUAGUCUAUGAGUCGACUUAACCGAAAAAAAUUUUUUCUUUGCUGUCAUUGGUAAACGUCUGUCGGUGCCAAGUGCAUUAGCCUUGAAACGGCAAUGAAGAGCACAAAUGAACAACUGAAGCACAUGAUGUAAUAGCCAACCUGUUUCCUAGCAACAGAUUCUAUGCAAAUAGAUUUUGAAGUAGAUAUGAAAUGCAUUUUUGAACUGCAUAAAAAGCUCUCAAUCCUAGAACUUUCAUAUUGCUGGAGUUGAUAAACAAGUGUCUUUAAGCAGCUAAAGAAGAAGCCAUAACCUUUACUAACAUUGGAAAAGCAUUAGGGAAACAUUAAGAGCACAAAGCACUUCAGUAACUGCUGCUACUUGGAUUUUACUGGAUCACAAAGGUAUCAAAUUGAAUCAGUGCUUCUCCUUUACAGAUUUUGCACUUUUAUAAGGAAGAGUCCGGAAGGCAAAAACAGUGUCUGUUCUUAAUAUACUAAUCAUUGCCAAAGAUAAAAGAUUUCGCAAACAUUCUCAUGUUAAAUUACAUUCUCAUAAGCAAUACAUUGUACGCAAUAUUUAUUAAUCAUCCAUGAUUCAGAAUUUAACAUGCUGUGGUCUACAGUUAAAGGGAUAGCUCACCCAAAAAUUCAAAUUCUAUCAUGUGCUCACUAUUAUCUCAUCACAAAUCAGUUUGUGUGUCUUAUAUUGAACACUAAAGAAGAUAUUUUGAUGAAUGAUGGAAACCAGUAGCCAUUGACUUACAUAGUAUUUGUUUUUUCCUACUAUGUCAGCCACUGGUGACCGAUUUGCAACAUUCCUCAAAACAUCUUCUUUUGUGUUUAACAGAAGAAAUCAAAUCAAACAUGUUCAGCAACUCUGAAAUAGCGAGUGGCGGGUAAAUUGUUUAAUUUUGGGGUGAACUAUCCCUGAGAAACAUUUAUUUUGUGGACAUCAAAUUUUUAUUAUCUGCAGAUAGAAAUAUUUGUGUUGUCGUUUUGAUCCACAUAAUGAAUUUCAGCUGAACCCAUCAAAGUGAGGCAGACACUACAAUUUAAACCAUUCAUAUUGUGUCUAUAGCAUGUAAUGAGGCAUCAUUGUGUAACUUGGAUGUUGCAUUGUGUGUAGACGCCCUGUGAUAUUCAGAUCUGACUAAGAUAUAAUUCAGUAUUGCCCAAGACAUUUCUGGAAAGGAAUAAUGGUUGUGGAUUUUAGUGUCUUUAGUGUAAUUCUGUUGAAUUAAACUUAAGGGAAUUUGAUUAUGAGCAUGAAUGUUGGUAUGAUUUUGAACUUGAAUGUGAAUAUUUUGCUUACUUAAUAUGUUUGAAUCAACCCCAUGUGCUUUAAUCACUUUUAACAAAGCUGGACACAGGCAGCACCGUCCCGUACAUCCCCUUCAACUUUGCUAUGGUUGGUUCCCUUUCAGUUUCAAUGGGAACAUUUUGUUUUAGUUUAGACAUAUUUUUUUUUAUUUUAAAGUCUGAUAACUAAAAUACUCUUCAGACAUUCAAUUGAUUGAGAUGCCGUUUCGCUGGGAUGCUGGGCAAGCAGUCUCAUAUGAGUGGUUGGUGUUUGUUUGCUGGUUGCUGAUGUGCAUAAAGCUUUUAUGCUUUAAAACAAAUGGCUUGAUGGCUUUCUUUAGAUUAGAAUUUUAUUUAAUGUUAAACUAAUGUUUAUGUGUUUACAAUAAAAGAUCUUUUGUUUUCCUCGUUCAUCA